CUGGGAUUGCGAGACGGGCGCUGCGCUCGCGGCUCACCCUUCUGGGUCUAGAACCGUGGACACGGACCGUCCCCGAAGGAGCCAGGGAAAAUAUCAAGAUGAAUUAUACUGAAUCCAGCCCGUUGGUAGAAUCAACUGCUAUAGGUUUUACACCUGAGUUAUUAAGUAUCCUACCUGUGCCUUCCAAUGAGACAACUUGUGAAAACUGGAGAGAGAUACAUCAUCUAGUUUUUCAUGUAGCAAAUAUUUUUUUUGCAGUUGGGUUGGUUAUUCCAACUACUAUUCACCUUCACAUGAUCCUUCUUAGGGGGAUGUUCACUAUAGGAUGUACCCUUUAUAUCAUCUGGGCUACUCUCUACCGAUGUGCCUUGGAUAUAAUGAUCUGGAACUCUGUGUUCUUGGGUGUCAAUAUUUUGCAUCUUUCAUAUCUUGUGUACAAGAAAAGACCGGUAAAGAUUGAAAAGGAACUCAGUGGCAUCUACCGGCGAUUGUUUGAACCACUCCGUGUACCUCCAGAUUUGUUCAGAAGAUUAACCGGACAGUUUUGCAUGAUACAGACCUUGAAGAAGGGCCAGUCUUAUGCUGUAGAGGAUCAGACUUCAGUUGAUGAGCAUCUGAGUAUUCUCCUGAAGGGAAAAAUGAAGGUCUCCUACCGAGGACAUUUUCUGCAUAACAUUUACCCCUGUGCCUUUAUAGAUUCUCCUGAAUUUAGAGCAACUCAGAUGCACAAAGGUGAAAAAUUCCAGGUCACCAUUAUAGCAGAUGAUAACUGCAAAUUUUUAUGCUGGUCAAGAGAAAGAUUAACUUACUUUCUGGAAUCAGAACCUUUCUUGUAUGAAAUAUUUAGGUAUCUCAUAGGAAAAGACAUUACAAAUAAGCUCUACUCAUUGAAUGAUCCCACCUUAAAUGAUAAAAAAGUCAAAAAGUUGGAACCCAAGAUGAGUCUUUCCACGCAGAUCUCCAUGCUGGAGAUGAGGAACAGCUUGAUCAGCUGCAGUGACAGUGAUGACGGCUUGCACCAGUUCCUCCGGGGCACUCCCAGCAUGUCCUCUCUUCGGGCCACCUCCAGCAGUGCUCAGCCUGGUGACGCAAGUAUGGUGCUUUGGUGCUCGGACCCAAUGACACAGUGUUCGGGGGCCACCAGGCCUACACCCGGUGGUGCGUGGGGAGCCAAGCAGUGCUGGGGAUCAAACCCGGGGCCUUGCACAUGUCAGGAAUGUGCCCUACCACAUGUGUCCUCCCCACACCAGCACGUCUCUGCCAAGAUGAAGCCAAUAGAAGAAGGGGUGGAAGAUGACGAUGAGGUCUUUGAACCCGUGACUCCAAAUACAUUUAAAAUCCAUCAGUUGCCUUGAUCAGGAGAGGAUUCAAGUUAUGGAGAUGGACACGGAGUGAAGAAAUCUUGAAACAGACUGCCACCUUUUCAUGAUUGUUGGGCUAUUUUUCAGUAUGCUCAGGCUGAACGCAUUUGAGGACAGAAAAGUGAGGAAGCUGUAAAAUGGGAACAUUACUUUAGCUCUCCUAGGAAUUGCCAGUGUGUUAAGUGAUUGUUUUACUGAGCCUUCUGAUUACACCUACUUCUAUUUUGAUAUCUACGAGGUCACAGUAUUUUCUAGCUAUAUUAUUAUUUUUAAGUUAAAAAAUAAAAUCUUAGUUCAGGAGUCCAGUAGUACAGCAAGUGGGGAAGGCACUUGCUUUGCAUGCAGCUGACCUGGUUCAAUCCCCAGCACCACAUAGGGUCCCCUAAGCACCAGCAGCAAUGAUCCCUGAGCACAGACAGAACCAGGAGCAAACCCUACACACCAACAGGUGUGGCCGCCAAUAACAGCCCACCCCCAAAUUCAGUUAUCUGUCGCUGAAAAAAUGCUUGCACCUAUUUUUGAAAGUUGUUCGUGUUCUUCACAGUUUCUCCACUCUGGCAAUGGGGUCAUCAGACAAUGUUUUGUCAUACAAUGCCAUAAAAUGAUGGAUGCUGAAGUCCCGUUAAAGCGCAGUCUUGGGCUUUUUAUCAGUUGACUUUGGGGGAUGAAAAUGUUUAAAAGAAUGAUGGGAUCCAACUGAUGUUUAUUUUUCUCCUAGCAACACACAGACACAUCAACUAGCUUAUUUGGUCUUUGGGUAGAAAGUUUGAUAAUAAAUUAAACUGAUCAAGCCUCUGCUGAUACUGCCCUUCUAUCAUGCUGUCUAUAAAUUGGUGUGAAAGCCAGGACCAGAAAGACAGAUGAAGGCUAUUCAGAGGCUGAUGUCGGUGUUUCUCUAAACCGAGCUCACAUGGGAUUCCGAGCUUGGGGUUUAAUGGGUGAGAAACGGUUGGGGUGGGGAGGACGGGAGACACCGGGGACCACAUGGGAGUCACAGAAUAAAGGAAUGCAGCUGGCAUCCUGAAGUUUCAGGUUUCCCCCUAAGACCUUAAUUUCUCCUUACAGCGUGCCACGCGCUCCUGCUUAGAGCACGGGCUGUGCCUGGCCACCCAACCUGGACACGUGUGAGAACUGUCAUUCCAGAUCUCUAGGGUUGUGCUGCAGGAAAAGGUGCUGUCUGGCUGAUGGAAAAUAGGCUUGUUUCCUCUUAAUCCAUCAGGUCCAUGAAACAUACCACUUCAGCGUUUGUUUGUUUCCUCCAGCCUAACCAACAUUGAGUGGCUCUGUUCUGUUAGGUAGUGAUGUUCCAGGUGAGGUCAUUCUCAGGUGAGUGAGCAGCUGCUGCUCACGGUCAGAGAAAGGAGAGAAAUAAGCCAGAGCAGGGCCUCAGGUGGUCGCAUUCAAUGGCAUUUUCUUCCCACACUGACAAGCAAAAACAAGGUUGUUGAAUAAAAGGAUGUUUUCCAUGACCUGCUUUUGGUUAUGUUGUUUCCCUCAAAGUUGCAGUUCAGGGCUGGAGAGAGUACAGCAGGUGAGGCAUAUGCCUUGCAUGCAUCCAAUCUGGGUUCUAUUCCCCAGGCUUCACCGGGAAUAAUCCUUGACCACAGAGCCAGGAGAGCUCUGAGCACUGCUGGGUGUGACUCUCAUUUUUUUUUAAUUAAAAAUUAAAGGUCACAUUUUCAAGACCUUAAUCACCAUUUAAGUGAUGCUGUCUAUACUCCGGGCUCACCUCAUUUUCCUAAGAUUUUUUAUUUUCUAGGGGGAAAAGAGUGGGGGAAGUGGAAGGGGGCAUAACUGGCAAUGCUCGGAGCUUAUUUCUGGCCUGGCCUUCAGAAAUAACUCCUGGUAGUGCUUGGGGGACCAUAUGGGAUGCUGGGAACUGAACCUGGGUGAGUCACAUGCAAGGCAAGAGCGCUACCCAUUGUAUUAUCUCCCUGGCCCCCUUCCUAAAUCUUUUGGACCCAGUUAUUUCAAAUAGUUUCACUUGCAUUAAAGUAAAAUUGAACUCAAUACAUCACUUAGAGAAUUUCUGCAAACUGAGAACCCAGUCCGCACCUUGCCGUCCAAUGUCUGCUUCUUCACAUCACGGUGGAAAGGUUGUCCCAGUAUGUUUUAGGCAGUUUGCAAAAUUAAAUUUUCUUUGGCAGAAAUGAAGCAAAGGAGAAUGACUGGGACUUGGCUUCAAGACUCAGGUUAGUUUAACUAUAUCUCUGCCUGAGAUCACAUGCAAGACUUUAAUGGUGUCACAACUAUUUUUCUUAUUUGAAAUGAAUUCCUCAUUUGAGCUUUUAUGAAAUAAGGUUAUUACUGACCAUUUAGUUAACCCAGGCACAAGACUAAUUCACAGGUUCAUGCUACAGAGCAAUUAGAUAUCACUUUCUUCCCUAAGUAGAAAAAAAAUAUUUGGUUCCUCUUAGGCUACAUGUUGGCUAUUCUGUGGGGUCCUCAAUACUUUGGGGUUUCCUGACCACCCAUUUUCAGCCUUAUCUUACUGUGUCAACCUCAGACAAUGAAGAGGGUCAUUCUACUUUUUUAAACAUUUUUUAAUGAAUCACCAUGAGAUACAGCUACAGACUUAAAAACUUUCGUGCUUACAUUUCAGUCAUACAAUGAUCGAGUACCCAUCCCUCCACCAGUGCCCAUUCUCCACCACCAAUGGUCCCAGUAUCCCUCCCACCACCCCCCAUUCCCUGCCUCUGUGGCAGGCACAUUCCCUUUUACUCUCUCUCUCCCUUCUUGGGUGUUGUAAUUUGCAAUAUGAGUAGAAGAGGGUCAUUCUUAGUGAUUAGCCUGGGUGUGUUUAGAGGUUAUGCCCUGCUAAAGUAGGCUGGACAUAACCCCUUUUAUAAACACACCCUAAAAGCAAGUGACAUGAAGUCACUUACUGUCUUGAUUAAAUGUGUGGUGUCCCCACCACACGCAUCAGUAUCACUGAUAACAAAAUUGUAAUCUCAAGACGAGGAAUCCUUAAAGGGCCACUUAUCCUGAAAGGGAAACAUGAAACUAUUUUUAAAUGCCCACCUCUAAGGAGGACAAUGAGGCUCCGAGACAAGGAGCCGCCAGCCGCUGAGCAGCCCUCCCACGAAGCCACGAAAGCAAAGCAGCAGAUAAGAAAGCAGAAAAGAAUAUUAAGUGUAAGAUCUCCUGUGGAUUAAAGUCUCAUCUGUACAAAUGAGCGCAUUUAUCUUUGUGUGAGGCACACAUGCAUAGAUUGAGAAUACAUCCACUGCCAAGUCCCUAGUGAGAUGUUUCCUGUGUUUUCAGCUUUCGUUUCGCUGCGUGACUAAUGUGCACAGAACAGCCCAUAAAGUGUAUUCCAUAGAUAACCUCUAUCUUCUACUAUGUGCAGUGAAGCAUCCAGGCUUUCAGAGGAGUCUGGGGUGUAACCCUCCAGAAUGUGUAUGUCAUUUUUAAUCUUUUGAAAGCCCACCUCCAUAUUUACAUUUAUAGAGUACUAGAUGGAUUCUCCAUAAAGUCUAUAGAUUUCUUUUUUUUUUUUUUUUUUU